UCCCACUCCCGACUUCAAGAUGUCCUUCCACAUCGCUGUCCUGGACACUGACGUCCCCGUUCCAGCCGUCUACAGCGCCCGCGGCCUAUACUCAUCUCAAUUUCGCCAUCUUCUGCAAUCCGCCGCAGCACGACUAUCCGAAGCUGGCCGUAAAAUCAGCAUCUUCACCUCUGCCUACGAUGUCGUAGGCGGAACCUUUCCACCACUGGAAAGCCUGCGCACCACCAAGCGCUCGGCAACCAGUAGCAAUGGAACCGAAACUUCAAACCCAUUAGCCCAGCCAAUCGACGGCAUCCUCAUCACCGGCGCCGCAGCAGGAGCCUACGACACCUCGAUAUACCCAUGGAUUAAACCCCUGGAGUCCUGGAUCCAAAAGGUGUACACCCAAUACCCGCAUGUAAAAUUCUUUGGGUCCUGCUUCGGCCACCAGAUUAUCGCACAGGCGCUGCUCUCCACAUCGGCCCCGCAAUGUGCGCCGGGCCCCGCAAUGAAAGUUGAGCUUUGUCCGGAUGGCCGUGAAACCGGUCUCGUUCCUAUUGACUUGACGCCGGAAUUUGUGGCGUCGUUUCCGGAGGCUGUGGGGAAGUUGCCCGGAAUGCAGAAGCAGAUGCGGCUGCAGGUGAUUCACGGGGAUUGGGUUGUCCCUGUUGCUGGACCGACGGCGGAGUUGCCUGCGGGUUGGGUGAAUGUUGGGUCCACUGAUUUGUGUCCCGUUCAGGGGCUGUAUUGUCCUGGGAGGGUUUUGACGUAUCAGGGGCAUUUUGAGUUCGAUGUCUUUGUCAAUCGGGAGACGUGUUUGGCGUUUGGGAGGAGGCUAAAGUGGUCUGAGGAGGAGACUGCGCGUUAUAUGGGAUUGAUUGAGGUAGGCGAGGAUGAUGAUUCGAAAGUUGCGGCUGAGGUGGUUGCUACGUUCUUUUGUGGGUUGAACGAAUGAGUUUGAUUGGAUGGGUAUCUUCUUUGGUGUUGAGCAGGAAGAAUACAGGUUUAAUUGGGAAGAAUUGGGUAGUGAGGUAUAGAAUGUGAAGGUUUA